AUGCAAUGUAUUUCAGGCCAAUUACUCACUCAAACCAUUUUGCUCAGAUGUUGGAAACAUAAAGAUAAAUUACAACCUUUAAAUCAGUUGUAGCAGUAAUAAUAUAUUGUUUACCAACCUUUUGCAAUCCUAAACAAUAUCUUCAAUAGUUUCAAAUACUAACAGUGA